CGCAGUCCACGGUCCACGGUCUGCAGUCCCCAAUCCGCACGCUGCACAUCACCCCAAACAUUCAUCCUGUACUAUUAAAACAAAACACCUCACGUCGCCGAGGUGCUGGCCCUUGUGUGCGGGGCGUCCAUAUCUCAUUGCCUAUAUUUACAUUCCCUCGUUGUGUCAGAGCCUCGUUGCCACUCUUCCUUCUGCCAGAGGCUUCUGUUUGCGUCUGCGCCACUUCACACCCGAGACACCUUUUAGCCCACUUACCAAGUACAUUGCUAAACAGCUCGUUGGUCUUUGGACUCCGACAUCUAAAGUUCCUCGUCACGGGCCUAGACACCGAAAUCCACUUCAAUAGAGACAAAGAACAGACGGACAUUGUAUCCCGGAAGCCUUCUUGCCUUUGCCCUUGGUCGACCAUGUCCUCAUCUGCCGCCCCGUCGAUUCCACCACCAGCCAUGAGCCCGUCCCACAAUCCAUCCAGGCCGACUGGUGCUAGACAUCUAGCACCGGCCUUACACGCUGCUUCGCCUUCGCGCCGCGCCACUUCGGGCUCAGCGACCCAAACCGUCACCCCCGUCGAUUCAGCCUCAUCCCGAUCAGCUUCGCCAGAACCACUCAUCCUCCGUCUCCGUGGUGCCCAUGAUGCCGCGGCCGGGUCCAGCACAAACACCACCCGAGGCCGCCGAAGACAGAUCACGUGGGCAGAAGACGUGGUGGACAACGAGGGGCUGGGCAGAAAAUCAAGCAAAGUGUGCUGCAUAUACCACAAACCGCGGGAGUUUGGCGAGAGCUCCAGUGAAGAUGAUAGCUCGAGUGAUUCCUCGAGCGAUAGUGACAGCGAUGCAGGCGGCAGCGACAGUCCCGAUGACGGCGGCGCGAGGAUGAGCGGCAACCGGAGAGGGAGGAAACAUGACCACCGGCACGGCCGUCCUAAUGACCACGACCAUGAUGACGGGUGCGACCAUGGGAAGGGCAAGGGGAGAAGGAAGCCCAGUCCCAAUGCUUAUGAGAAAAUGCCCAGGUACCACACAAAGCAUGAUGCAGGGAAGAGAUGAAUGACGGUUAUGACGUCUCUCUAGUCGUUGGGGGCCAUUUGUCUGUACAAGCGGGCAACUGCAUGCUUGCCCCUACAUGGUGUUGGUGUCAUGGCCUAGGGAUUGAGCGACGGCGCUCUUAACGGAGUUGUUCAAUGAUGAAAUUCGAGUUGUUCCACAGCAAUCAUUUGUCUUACGUUGAGGGAAGGCAUAGCAAUGAAACUCUCACACCUUGCAGACUGCGAUACCUCUCUCUUUAGGAGGGCUUUCCUUUUCUCGACUGACCCAUUGAUUGCUGAUUGGUUUUCGUUCAGCGAUCUUCGCCAUGUCCCUCAACACCUGCCUAGGUAAGUAUGUUCCUGCUGAUCAGUGCAGAUCUCAUUUUCUACUCUGGACAGGGCUGUCACCGUGGGGGCAGUUAUCAUCCUAAAUGGGCAUUGUCCGGCCAGAUUCAUCAUGCCGGAUACUGUGAGAAGGCAAUUUGGAAUGGGGCAUGGAUGAAAAGAGGAGAAAGUGAUUCCAGUGCGCAGCAGGAUGGGACACAGUUCAUUUGUGCCCUGGUCCUUGUGAGGCAGACAGGACCCAGUGGCGGCAUCCAGGCGAUCGUGCACUGCGUGUGUUCCUGGCUCACAGCAACAAUCAUCUCAAC